AUGGACGACAAGUACAAGAGCAUGAGUCUGCUAGAAUCAUACCGCCACCAAAUCUUAGCGAACGCCAAAAUCAUAUUCGGACCCAGUCGCGAACUAGACAUCGUCACUAUGGGCUAUGAGACCGGUGCAUUCUUUCUGCACUCGGACCAUAUUGCCGCAGCAGUCAUUCAGCGCGUUCCAACCGGCAUCGUUUUGUGCAUCCGCACCGAUGUCAAGGACAGCCGGUCAGAAGCCAUGGAGGCUCUGUUAAAGAUCACGGAAGAAAUGAUCAUGGACAAGCUCGGCGAUGCUGAGAUGGGCCAGUUCUUUGAUCUGAGCGGGAGCUCUACUGCCGUGAACCAGCAUCAACCCUCACCGCGGUAUCAGUCGCCGGCGGGCGAGAGACCUGUCGCCUCUGAGAAGCCACGUUGA